UCCAUCACGGCGACGGCGUUUUUCAUCCUCUCACCGUCAGCAACGACGACGGGACCCUCUGCUGUCGCUUCCCUGUGUCCUGCUGCCGGGCUGCAGCACCUCUAACGACCAUCUGUGACGUCGUGGCCGUCGCUUUGCCAUCAUGUCGACGAUGAAUCGCCAGUCCACCCUUCACCAACGCCUGGAGGCGGUGACAGACCUCUCCAAGCUGUCGCCUAUCUCUGACGAUAUUAUCGUUGCAUGCCUUAGAGAACGGUUCAUGAACGACAAUGUCUACACGGCUGUCGGUACCUCUGCCCUCGUCGCCCUCAACCCCCACAAAUAUAUCCCAUCCAACUCCGACUCUGUCAUGCAGAAAUAUGCAGCAGAGUACCGCGAUACCUCUCAAAACCAAGAGCCGAUGCCUCCUCAUAUCUUUCAGAUGGCGAACAACGCGUACUACCACAUGCGACGGACAACGCAGGAUCAGUGCAUGCUGUUCAGUGGCGAGACAGCGAGCGGAAAAUCAGAAAAUCGACGAUUGGCUAUCAAGAGCAUUCUAGAGCUCAGCGUGAGCAACCCAGGGAAGAAGGGCGCCAAGCUCGGUAGUCAGGUCCCAGCGUCAGAGUUCGUGCUUGAGACUUUUGGCAAUGCUCGCACACUCUUCAAUCCGAACGCCUCUCGUUUUGGAAAAUACACAGAGCUGCAGUUCAGUGACCGGGGCCGUAUUUGCGGUGUCAAGACUCUCGACUACUACCUGGAGAGGAAUCGGGUUGCCGGUGCACCGUCGGGCGAGCGCAACUUUCACAUUUUUUACUAUCUCGUCGCCGGCGCCUCUGAAGAGGAACGGCAGCAUCUCCAUAUCCUAGACAAGACUACCUAUCGCUACCUAGGCCAAAGGACAACAGCAGCCAGACCCAACGCCGGCGCUAGGGAUAACGAUGCCGUCAGGUUUGACCAGCUCAAGGUGGCGCUCAAGACAAUCGGAUUCUCAAAGCGCCAUGUCGCCCAGACUUGUCAGCUCAUUGCCGCCAUUCUUCACCUCGGUAACCUCGAAUUCACUAUCGACCGGCAUCGCAACGAGGAUGCAGCAGUCGUCCGCAACAUGGACAUCCUUGCAAUUGUGGCCGAUUUCUUGGGUGUGCAAGCUUCCGACCUGGAGUCUGCAUUGUCGUAUAAGACAAAGCUGUUGAAGAAGGAGCUUUGUACCGUCUUCCUUGACCCCGAUGGUGCAUCUGACAACCGGGAUGAUCUCGCUAAAACCCUCUACUCCCUGCUCUUCGCCUGGUUGAACGAGCACAUCAACCAGCGCCUCUGCAAAGAGGAUUUCUCCACCUUCAUCGGUCUCUUCGACCUUCCCGGUCCUCAGAACAUGACCAGUCGUCCUAACUCUCUUGAUCAGUUCUGCAUCAACUUUGCCAACGAGCGCUUGCACCACUGGAUGCAGAAGCGUUUGUUCGAGAGCCACGUCGACGAGUAUGCUACCGAGGGAAUCUCCCGCUUUAUUCCCCAGGUCCCUUAUUUCGACAAUUCUGAGUGUGUGCGUGUCCUACAGAACCGACCGGGCGGUCUUAUCCAUAUCAUGGAUGACCAAGCCCGACGCACGCCGAAGAAGACUAACCACACCAUGGUAGAGUCUUUCCAGAAACGCUGGGGUAACCAUUCGUCGUUCAAAACUGGCGGAGCAGACCGGUCCGGGUUCCCAACCUUUACUGUGAACCACUACAAUGGUCCAGUCACGUACUCGUCAGAAGGCUUCCUUGAGCGGAAUUUGGAUGCGGUGAACCCCGAUUUCGUGUCGUUGCUCCGUGGAGCUGCCGAUGCAAUGGAGAGGUCGGGGUCUAUCAAUCCCUUCGUGAAGGGCUUGUUUUCGACCAAGGCUAUUGCGACACAAGCGCAUCCUAGGAACGAGGAUACCAUCGUCUCGGCGCAGCAGGUUGUCAAGCCCAUGCGAGCGCCAUCGACGCGUCGCAAGAGCGCUGUCCGAAGGAUGCCGACUGUCAGGGAGUCGUUGGCUGAUGUAGAGGAGACCGUGCGGGAUGAGGAGGAGGCUCUAGUACCAUCCAGCGGGAACCCUUGUAUCGCCGGAGAGUUCAAAUCGGCGCUCGAUACCCUGUUCGAUACCCUCGAUGACACGCAGCCGUGGUAUGUCUUCUGCAUCAAUCCCAACGACUCGCAACUGCCCAACCAGCUUGAGGGGCGGAGCGUCAAGGGACAAGUCCGGAGUAUCGGUCUGACUGAGGUUGCGCGGAGGAAUGUCAAUGUCUUCGAGGUUGGUAUGUCGCCGGAAGAGUUCUGCGAGAGGUAUAGGGAGGGCUUGGAGACUGCAAGCGUUGAGGAAGGUGAUCCUAAUGAUCGGGUGGAGAGCGCUGCCAUGGCCUUUGGUUUAGGAGAAGCUGAUGUUGUUCUCGGACAGCACAAGGUAUUUCUGUCACAGUCAGCGUUCCACAAGUUCGAGGAUCAGCUUCGUACCCGAGACGUUGAUGAGCAGAAGCGCAAUCGUCUUCGGGAUGCUGAGGCUGAAGCUGGGCUUAAUCCCAGAUCCCUUGUCGAUCCCUAUGGUCCUUAUCCUCAGUCUCCCGAUCCUGAAGGCCCCUAUCAAGCAGGAUACGGUGAUGCAUUCAAUGCAUCUAGCCAACAACUCCCGCUCGUUGCCAAUGCCUCCCCCUUCCAGCGUGCCGACGCCUAUGAUGACGAAUUCGACGAGAACCGUUCAGUUCGUAGCGAUGACUUCGACGCUCGCAGCAGGUUCACAAGCCAGCCAGCCGACUCUGUGUCAAAUCUUGGCUCAGAAUCGUACGCCCCGUCCCGGAACAUGUUCCAGAACGCUGACAAAAACGCCCUCAUGGACAAGGAUGCACUCCCUGGUGAGAUCCAGGAGGGGGAGACCACUGAGAUCUUGAAGGAGUCUUCUGCUCGUCGACGUUGGGUUGCCCUUUGCUGGAUGCUCACGUUCUGGAUGCCCAACCCUUUGUUGAGAUGGGUCGGUCGAAUGAAGCGUAUGGAUAUCCGGCAGGCAUGGCGAGAGAAGCUUGCGCUGAACAUGUUGAUCUGGUUCAUUUGUGGUUGCACGGUUUUCGUCAUCGUUUUCCUCGGAAACUUGAUUUGUCCGACAGAGCAUGUCUACAACACAUCGGAGCUGGCGUCAUAUAACAAGAACGCUGAUCUGGUGUAUACUUCUAUUCGAGGAGAGGUGUUCGAUCUUUCCAUCGUCGAGGCUACGCAUUUGCGGGUCGUCAGCGUCGUUCCGAGCAAGCAGAUUCUCAACUAUGGUGGAACUUCGUCUGAUGCGAUCUUCCCGGUUCAGGUCAGCGCCUUGUGCAGCGGUAUAAACGGAUACGUCAGUCCAUACGUUACUUUGGACUCGGCGAACAAUACCGAUGUAAAUUCGGUGUACCAUGAUUUCCGGGUCUUCUCCAAUGACUCUCGGCCUGAUUGGUACUUUGAAAACAUGGUCCAGAUGCGCUAUACUGCUCGUGUCGGUUUCGUGGGCUACACGCCCAAGGAAAUCAGCAACAUGGCUAAAACCGGAAGCUCAGUCGCCAUCUACAACGGCAUGAUAUACGAUUUAUCGGAUUACAUCAAUUAUCCUCCUGCUGUCAGAGCGCCUGCAGGUCUUCAGGCACCGGCCGAUACCGACACCAAUUUCAUGCACAGUAGUAUUUUGGACGUGUUCAAGUUCAAUGCUGGCGGUGAUGUGACCAAGAAAAUCGACAGUCUGAACAUCGACAGUGACGUCUUGUCCCGCCAAAAGACCUGCCUGCGAAACCUGUUCCUCAUAGGCAAGGUUGACAACCGAAACUCAGCACAAUGCCAGUUCGCGACCUACCUACUCCUCGCCAUCUCCGUCGUCAUGAUUUCCGUCAUUGGGUUCAAGUUCUUGGCCUCUAUCAACUUUGGUUCAGCUCGGGCACCGGAGGACCACGAUAAAUUCGUUAUCUGUCAGGUGCCUUGUUAUACUGAAGGUGACGCUUCGCUCCGCAAGACUAUCGAUUCGUUAGCGCAGAUGAAGUAUGACGACAAGCGGAAGCUGUUGGUUGUCAUCUGCGAUGGUAUGAUUGUCGGUUCCGGUAACGAUCGUCCAACGCCCCGGAUUGUGCUCGAUAUUCUCGGUGCGGACCCUAACCUUGACCCUGAGCCCCUGAGCUUCCAGUCGUUGGGAGAAGGUGCGAAGCAGCAUAAUAUGGGCAAGGUGUACUCUGGUCUGUAUGAGUGUUCGGGACAUGUCGUGCCUUAUCUUGUUCUGGUAAAAAUUGGCAAACCUACGGAACGAUCGAGGCCGGGUAAUCGUGGAAAGCGUGACUCUCAGUUGCUUCUUAUGCACUUCUUGAAUAAGGUACACUUCAACGCGCCCAUGAACCCUAUGGAGCUGGAGAUGUAUCAUCAAAUCAAGAACGUUAUCGGUGUUAAUCCGACGUUCUACGAGUAUCUUUUCAUGGUGGAUGCCGAUACAACAGUCGAUCCUUACUCGGCCAACAGGCUCAUUUCUGCCAUGAUUCACGACAAGAAGGUGCUAGGUGUUUGUGGCGAAACAGAGUUGGCGAAUGCUAAGCAAUCCAUCAUCACCAUGAUGCAGGUCUACGAAUACUUCCUUUCUCAUCAUAUGGCCAAAGCGUUUGAAAGCCUAUUCGGUUCCGUCACUUGUUUGCCCGGUUGUUUCACCCUGUACCGCCUGCGCACACCGGAUACGCACAAGCCUCUGUUGAUCUCUAACCAGAUGCUCGAGGAUUAUUCAGAAAAUCGCGUAGACACACUCCACAUGAAGAACCUGUUGCAUUUGGGAGAGGAUCGUUAUCUGACGACAUUGCUUCUCAAGCACUUCCCGCUAUACAAGACGCAAUUCGUGCGGGAUGCACAUGCCUACACGGUGGCGCCGGACGAUUGGAAGGUGCUGUUAUCUCAACGUCGGCGUUGGAUCAACUCCACGGUUCACAAUUUGGGCGAACUCAUCUUCUUGGACCAGCUUUGCGGUUUCUGUUGUUUCUCCAUGCGGUUUAUCGUCUUGAUUGAUUUGGUCUCGACACUGAUUCAACCUGUUACGGUGGCUUACAUUGUCUAUUUGAUUGUUCUCGUCGCCGCCGAAGGCAAGACAAUACCGACGCUGUCGCUGGUCAUGAUUGCCGCUGUCUAUGGCCUUCAAGCGUUGGUGUUCAUACUACGACGGAAGUGGGACAUGAUCGGCUGGAUGAUAUUCUACCUCCUUGCUAUCCCCAUAUUCUCAUUCAUGCUGCCGUUGUACUCGUUCUGGAAAAUGGACGACUUCUCGUGGGGUGCCACUCGUGUCGUUAUGGGUGAGUCUGGCAAGAAGAUGAUCGUGCACGACGAGGGCAAGUUCGAUCCACGUUCUAUCCCCCUCAAAUCAUGGAACGACUACGAAAACGAACUAUGGGACAAAGAAUCCAAUCACAGCAUUGGUUCCUGGGUUCCGCCUUCGAAGUUCAAAAACGAAGGAGGAUAUGCCGAGUCUCACACGGCUUCUUUGUAUGGUCGCGAGACGUACUAUGAGCCAGGACCCCGCACAUAUUCGCCAGCGCCAUCUGUCGGCAUGUACCCUCCGCCCGGAUACCAGUCAGGGCGUAAUACCCCGCAGAUGUACAUGCCUCAGCCUCAAUCAGGCCUGGCCAGCGACACACUGUACCAACCAGCACCAUCGCGACCAGCCACAAAUUACCUUGAUAUUCCCAUCCCUACGAGUCGCAGCCCUGAUGCCUCGCCUGGUCCAAGCGACGCCGAGCUGGAAGGCGUGCUCCAAGAUAUUCUGCGCACUGCAGACCUGAACCUAGUGACCAAGAAGGAUUUACGGAGACAGCUGGAGGAUCACUUUGGUGUGGACCUAACAGCGAGGAAGUCGUCCAUCAACGCGAUGGUUGAUCGGUUAUUGAAUUUCUGAUUCUGAUGCACCUUGCUUUUCCUGUUUUCUGUUGUCGGACUUUCUUGGAUCUUUAUUACGACUCGUUUAUGAUUGUGUUUGCUUUGCCACUGUUCCUUCUUUAGUAUAAUCAAGGACUUCACGGUACACGGACUUUGCAUUUCUUCUCAUACCUGCCUAACCUAU